AAACCGAUUCCUAUCUCCUCUUCCUCCCCAAUUUCUUCCUCUUCCUCCAUCUCCUCCUCUUCCUCCUCCCCCCCAUCCUCCUCUUCCUCCCCUUCCUCCUUCUCCUCUUCCCAUUCCUCCUCCUCUUCCCAUUCCUCCUCCUCCUUCCCAUCCUCCUCCUCCCAACCAUCCUCCACCCUCCCAUCCUCCUCCCUCCCAUCCUCCACCCUCCCAUCCUCCUCCCUCCCAUCCUCUACCUAUCAACAAUCCUCCUCCUCCUCCUUCUCCCAACAAUCCUCUUCCUCCUCCUUCUCCCAACAAUCCUCCACCUCCUCCUCCCCUUCCUCCUCCCUCCCAUCCUCCUCCUCCCAUUCUUCCUUCUCCUCUUCCCCUUCCUUGAUCUCCUCCUAUUCCCCUUCCUCUUCCUCCUCUUCCCAUUCCUCCUCCUCUUUCCCUUCCUCCCCUCUCCCAUCCUCCUCCUCCCAACCAUCCUCCUCCCUCCCAUCCUCCUCCCUCCCAUCCUCUACCUCCCAACAAUCCUCCUCCUCCUCCUUCUCCCAACAAUCCUCCACCUCCUCCUCCCAUUCCUCCUCCUCUUCCCAUUCCUCCUCCUCCUUCCCUUCCUCCCCUCUCCCAUCCUCCUCCUCCCAACCAUCCUCCUCCCUCCCAUCCUCCUCCCUCCCAUCCUCUACCUCCCAACAAUCCUCCUCCUCCUCCUUCUCCCAACAAUCCUCUUCCUCCUCCUUCUCCCAACAAUCCUCCACCUCCUCCUCCCCUUCCUCCUCCCUCCCAUCCUCCUCCUCCCAUUCCUCCUUCUCCUCUUCCCCUUCCUUGAUCUCCUCCUAUUCCCCUUCCUCUUCCUCCUCUUCCCCUUCCUCGAUCUCCUAUUCCCCUUCCUCGAUCUCCUAUUCCCCUUCCUCCUUCUCCACUUCCCCCUCCUUCACCACCUCUGAAUACACCACCUCUUCUCAUAUAUGGUCUUCCUCUAUGUUCCAUGCUUGA